UGGCUAGCUGGCUGCUGGAGCGGGUGGCGAAGGGAGCGGAGGGAGCGUGCGGCCCGGGGACUCGCAUUCCCCGGUCCCCCCUCCGCCCCACGCGGCUGGGCCAUGGACGCCAGAUGGUGGACAUUGGUGGUGCUCGCCGCGCUCCCUUCUUUGGGAGCAGGUGGAGAGUCACCCGAAGCCCCUCCGCAGUCCUGGACACAGCUGUGGUUCUCCCGCUUUUUCUUGAAUGCUGCUGGCUAUGCCAGCUUUAUGGUACCUGGCUACCUUCUGGUACAAUACUUUAGACGGAAGAACUACCUAGAGACAGGCAGGGGUCUCUGCUUUCCGCUGGUGAAAGCCUGUGUGUUUGGCAGUGAGCCCAAGGCCUCUGAUGAGGUUCUGCUAACUCCCCGGGCAGAUGCUACGGCAGAUACUACCCCGUCUUGGCAGAUCCUGAAGCUGGUCUUCUGUGCCUCGGGGCUCCAGGUGUCCUAUCUGACCUGGGGUGUACUGCAGGAAAGAGUGAUGACCGGCAGCUAUGGAGCCACAGACACAUCACCAGGCGAGCACUUCACGGACUCACAGUUCCUGGUGCUAAUGAACCGUGUGCUGGCAUUGAUUGUGGCAGGUCUCUACUGUGUCCUACGCAAGCAACCCCGUCAUGGGGCACCCAUGUAUCGAUACUCUUUUGCCAGUCUGUCAAAUGUGCUCAGCAGCUGGUGCCAAUAUGAAGCACUUAAAUUCGUCAGCUUCCCUACCCAGGUACUGGCCAAGGCCUCCAAGGUGAUUCCCGUCAUGAUGAUGGGAAAGCUGGUAUCUAGACGAAGCUAUGAACACUGGGAAUACCUUACUGCUGGCCUCAUCUCCAUUGGGGUGAGCAUGUUUCUGCUGUCUAGUGGACCAGAGCCCCGAAGUUCUCCAGCCACCACACUCUCAGGCUUGGUCCUACUGGCAGGCUACAUCGCUUUUGACAGCUUCACCUCAAACUGGCAGGAUGCCCUGUUUGCCUAUAAGAUGUCUUCAGUGCAGAUGAUGUUUGGGGUCAAUUUAUUCUCCUGUCUUUUCACAGUAGGCUCACUACUGGAGCAGGGGGCCCUACUGGAGGGAGCCCGCUUCAUGGGGCGGCACAGUGAGUUUGCAUUCCAUGCUCUCCUCCUCUCCAUCUGCUCUGCCUUCGGUCAGCUCUUCAUCUUCUACACCAUUGGACAGUUCGGAGCCGCUGUCUUCACCAUCAUCAUGACUCUCCGCCAAGCUAUUGCCAUCCUUCUCUCCUGCCUUCUCUAUGGUCACACUGUCACUGUGGUGGGGGGGCUAGGAGUGGCUGUGGUCUUCACUGCCCUACUACUCAGAGUCUAUGCCCGGGGCCGUAAGCAGCGGGGAAAGAAGGCUGUUCCAACUGAACCCCCAGUGCAGAAGGUAUGAGGAAUGGAAUAAGGACCCUCUCUGGUUUCUGUAGCUUCUCAGAGGCACUGGCUCAAGGGCAAAAUAUUCUCAGUGUACAGCAGAGGAUUGGAGCCCUGGAGGCAGCCUCUUUUGCCUUGCCUUAAGAGCCCCACCUACUACUAUUCAUGCAAGUGGCAGUUGUGGGUCUGAGUUAGAGGUGAUCCACAUGGAGCUCCCCCAAUCUGAGAUUACCUGGUGGACCUGUGAACCAGUACCAGGCCUUUGCUUGUUCCCUUAACACCCACCCCUCAAGAACAGCACACACAAACCGUUUACAGGCCCUAAUGUGGUUUACCUUGGGGAGGGGGUGUCAGUGAAAAUGGUGCUGUGCUAAAGGCAACAGAGACCUGCCCAGCCCCUUGGGAGCCUUGUGUUCUUUGCUCAAGUUUUGGUACUUGUCACCUUUUGCUCUUAUUUGAUUAAACUGCAGCAGUGACUUGGC